AGAAUAAACAAAAUUAAGGAAAGAACAACAUAAGAUCGAAACAAUAACCAUUACCAACAUAGCAGCUACACACUGUGGCAAUGGCAGGGAGAAAAACCCAUCUCUUGUUUCUCUUUUCAUUCUUCUAUCUCUUCUUCUCCAUCCAUGCCAAGCUUGAUCUCCACCCUUCAGACCUCAAAGCUCUCAUAACUCUCCAAAAGGACCUCGGAGUCAACGGUCAACCCUCCACCAUGAUUCACCCGUGUAACACGGAGGGCGUGUUCUGUGAGAGGAGGCUUUCCAACAAUGAAAGCUAUGUCCUCAGAAUCACAAGGCUUGUGUUGAAGUCGAAAAACCUUAAUGGGGUUUUGUCACCUACCAUAGGACGCCUCACAGAGCUUAAAGAACUCUCUCUUUCAAACAACAAGCUCGUUGACCGAAUCCCACAACAAAUAGUUGACUGCAGAAAGCUUGAGAUUUUGGACCUUGGAAGCAACCUCUUCUCUGGUGAAGUCCCUUCUGAAUUGUCCUCACUCAUUCGUCUUCGCGUCCUUGAUGUCUCUUCCAAUAAGCUCUCUGGGAACUUGAAUUUCCUCAAGUAUUUUCCCAACUUGGAAACUCUCUCUGUUGCUGAUAACCUCUUCACUGGAAGAGUUCCAUCAUCUAUGCGUUCUUUUCGCAAUCUCAGACACUUUGACUUCUCUGGGAACCGUUUCCUUGAAGGUUCUCUACCAUUGAACCAAAGGCUUGAACAAUCAGCAUCAGAUAGUGUUCCCAAAAGAUACAUCUUUGCUGAGAGUUCAAACAAUUCCUCAAGCCGCAAGAAUCAUUCAAUUGCAGCUCCUGGACCUGCAGCUCCUGGACCUGGUCCUUCAGCUGCAGUUUCUCACCACAAGCACAAGUCAAGUAAGAGAAAACUAGCUGGGUGGAUUCUUGGGUUUUUGGCUGGGGCAAUGGCUGGGACCUUAUCUGGGUUGAUAUUUUCUUUGUUGUUUAAGUUGGCUUUGGCUUUGAUAAAGGGUGGAGGGAAGGGUUCUGGACCUGCAAUUUAUAGUCCCUUUAUUAAAAGGGGAGAGGACUUGGCUUUCUUGGAGAAAGAAGAUGGGCUUGCUGCAAUGGAAGUCAUUGGAAGAGGAGGGUGUGGUGAGGUUUACAAGGCUGAAUUACCAGGAAGUAAUGGCAAAAUGAUUGCCAUAAAGAAGAUUGUUCAGCCUCCAAAGGAUGCUGCUGAGUUGGCUGAUGAAGAUAGUAAGCUUUUGCAUAAGAAAAUGCGCCAAAUUAAGUCAGAGAUUAACACAGUUGGUCAAAUUAGACACCGGAACCUUCUGCCUCUUCUGGCUCAUGUGUCUAGGCCUGAUUGUCACUACCUUGUCUAUGAAUUCAUGAAGAAUGGGAGUUUACAAGAUGUGUUGAAUAAAGUUGAAAGGGGUGAAAUGGAGUUGGAUUGGUUGGCAAGGCACAAGAUUGCACUUGGUGUAGCAGCUGGCCUUGAAUAUCUUCACAUGAACCAUAGCCCUCGUAUCAUUCAUAGAGAUCUCAAGCCUGCAAACAUUCUUCUUGAUGAUGAUAUGGAAGCUCGCAUAGCAGAUUUUGGACUUGCAAAGGCUAUGCCAGAUGCUCAAACACACAUCACAACUUCAAAUGUUGCUGGCACUGUGGGAUAUAUAGCACCAGAGUAUCACCAGAUACUCAAGUUCACUGACAAGUGUGACAUAUACAGCUUUGGGGUUAUGCUUGGUGUCUUGGUGAUAGGAAAGCUUCCAUCAGAUGAUUUUUUCCAGCACACAGACGAAAUGAGUUUGGUAAAGUGGAUGAGAAAUGUGAUGACUUCAGAAAAUCCUAAGGAGGCUAUUGAUCCAAGGCUUUUAGGUAAUGGAUAUGAGGAACAAAUGCUUCUGGUUUUGAAGAUUGCAUGCUUUUGCACUAUGGAUGAUCCAAAGGAGAGGCCUAACAGUAAGGAUGUUAGGUGUAUGUUGGCCCAAAUCAAGCACUGAAUCAGUUAGAUAAAUAUUUGAAAUAAUGUGUACAAUGGUAAAGUUUGCGUGUUUAAGAAUAUUAAUGAUAACUAGAUGAUAGAUGUUGGUUCAAAAGGUGACCAACCAAUAUAAUGUUGUUUUCUUCAUCACAAAAUGCUGAAUUUCCAGAAAAGAGGAAAAAGAAAAAUUCAGCAUUGUGAUGACCUAUGUCUAAUUAAAUAUAUAACUACCAGUUUUCACUAUGUUUAUGUAUUGAUCCUGAAAAUAAAAUAUUCCCCAU